AUGGAUGUAUGUGAAUCAGGACAAGCAUCAGGGAAGAACAAAGCCUCGGGGAGACCAAGAGUAAGACCACCACCCUUGGUUCUGGCAGAAAAGAACAAUGCGGCCACCACCAGGCGCUCAUCAACAAGGGAAGUUAGUUCUAGAUAUAAGUCACCCACUCCUGGUAGCCCAUCUAGUACUCGUAGAUGCCCUUCACCAAACCUUACAAGAACGACGCCUGCAUUAACCUCCCAGUUGUUUCCAAAGAGGUCUCUCUCCGCAGAAAGGAAGAGGCCUUCAACUCCUCCUUCCCCAACAACACGAAAACCUACUACCCCUACCAAUGACUCGUCUGUUGAUGGGAAAUUGUCCAGAAGGCUAUCAGGUAGCCGUUUGCCGGACAGUCUAUGGCCUUCCACAAUGCGAAGUCUCAGUGUUUCAUUCCAGUCAGAUACCAUUUCCAUACCUGUUAGCAAGAAAGAGAAGCCAGUUGCUAGUGCUUCUGACCGCACUCUGCGGCCGUCUUCAAAUGUGGCGCACAAGCAGGCGGAAACUCCAACCGUAAGAAAGCAUACGCCAGAGAGAAAGAGGAGUCCUCUUAAAGGAAAGAACGCUUCUGAUCAGUCUGAGAAUUCAAAGCCAGUUGAUAGCUUGUCUUCUCGAUUAAUAGAUCAACAUCGUUGGCCGAGUAGGAUAGGUGGGAAGGUACUCUCUAAUGCAUUAAAUAAAAGUUUUGAUUGUGCUGAUAUCAGAACGUUGAACACUUCAGUUCCGGGAACAGGUGUUUCUUCACCGAGAAGAUUGUCUGUAUCUGAUGAAUCAUGUAAACCGUUGCAAAGGGCUUCUAGUGAUGCUGUAAGGCUGUUAUCACUUGUUGGAAGUGGCAGAAUAGGAAGCGGGAUGAGAUCAGUUGAUGAAGGCUCUCCACGGGAAUUAAGACCUCACAAAUCUGUUACUUCAUCUCCAACUGAUAAAGCAGGACUUGCAUUUGCUGGAGUCAGAUCUCAGUCCUUGUCAACUCCAGGAUCACGAGUGCCCUCACCUAGUAGGACCUCAGUGCUAUCCUCUUCUAGUUCGCGAGGUGUCAGUCCAUCUAGGCCAACACCAUCAACUCCUCCUUCUCGGGGGGUUAGUCCAUCUCGAAUUAGACCAACCAAUUCAUCCAUUCAAUCAAACAAUUCAAUUUCAGUGCUCAGCUUUAUUGCUGAUUUUAAAAAGGGGAAAAAGGGCGCAUCCUACAUAGAAGAUGCUCACCAACUGCGUCUUCUCUACAAUAGAUACUUGCAAUGGAGGUUUGCCAAUGCAAGAGCUGAGGCUGUACUUUAUAUCCAAAAUGCAAUUGUGGAGAAAACUCUAUAUAAUGUAUGGAUUACUACUUUGUCCCUGUGGGAGUCUGUGAUUAGGAAGAGGAUCAAUCUUCAGCAGCUGAAGAUUGACCUUAAGCUGAAUUCUGUUUUGAAUGAUCAGCUGAUGACCUAUCUUGAUGAUUGGGCUGUACUUGAAAGUGACCAUAUUGAUGCUCUAACCGGAGCCGUGGAAGAUAUGGGGGCCGGCACUCUUCGUCUUCCUGUAACUGGAGGAGCAAUUGCAGAUAUUGAGCAUUUGAAAGUUGCUAUCUAUCAAGCUGUUGACGUCAUGCAAGCAAUGGGAUCUGCUAUCUGUUCUUUGCUCUCACGGGUUGAGGGGAUGAACAGUUUAAUUUCUGAAGUUGCUGUCAUAGUGGUGCAGGAAAAGACCAUGCUUGAUGAAUGUGAAAUGCUACUGGCUUCAGUAGCAGCUAUGCAGGUUGAGGAAAGUAGCCUUAGGACGAAUCUUAUGCAAAUCAAGCAAGCUUUGAAGAGAAGCAAGUAG